AUGGCCCUCAAUUACGGAUCUAUUGUGUUGUACAUUGUUGAGAUCACGAUUACAUAUUACUUUUUACUCGGCAUCUACAAUCUCUACUUCCACCCGCUUCGUCGCUACCCAGGACCAUUCCUGUGGCGCUUCAGUCCGGUGCCGAAGAACAUCUACCUCCUGACAGGCAGAUACGCCGUCAAAGCCCGCGAAAUCCACGAGACCUACUCUGGCGCCGUUCGCGUAGCUCCCAACGAGUUAUCCUACAUUCAACCGCAAGCAUGGAAAGACAUCCUAGGCCGCCCGCUCAAAUCCGAAAUGGCAAAAGACAUACGCUUCUUCGGCGGCGAGAAUUUCGGCCGCGACAGCCUCGUCACGACGAGACCGCAAGACCACACCCGCCAGCGCCGCAUCUUCACGCACGCCUUUUCCAACACGGCGCUCAAGGCGCAGGAGUCCUUGCUGGUGGACUACGCCGACCAGAUGGUCGAGGCGAUGGGCUCGCUCGCCCAGCGUGAGCGUCAGCGCCGGCGAGCGCACGGCGGCGAGGGUGAGGAUGAGGCAUUCGGAUCCGUCAACAUUGUAGAUUUGUACAACUUUGCCACGUUCGACAUCAUGGCUGACCUGACCUUUGGCGAACCGCUUCUGCUUCUCAAGAGGGGCGAUUACACGCCCUGGGUGCGCAACGUCUUCGCGGGUCUCAAGUUUGUCAUCUACGGGCUCGUCUUCCUUGAGAUUCCGGUCCUGGGACCGCUUGUUCAGGCGGUUACGUCUGCGCCGCUGAAGAAGAAGGCGCAGGAGCAUACCGACUUUGCGGGCCGGCUCGUCGAUCGGCGGUUGAGGGAGGGACAAGCGCAUCCGAAGCCUGAUAUUUGGAGUUUUGUACUCAAGCACAACGACGGCGACAGCAGCGACGAUGAUAGAACAAAGGGUAUGGAGAAAGGUCUAUCGAAUGAGGAAAUGCACGCCAACGCGGCCAUGUUCAUGGUCGCCGGGACGGAGACGUCGGGGACGGUGUUGUCCGGCACGACGUACUACCUGCUGCGGAACCCGCGGGUAUACGAUAUUUUGACGAGGGAGAUCCGGGCCGCGUUUGCGAGGACGGAGGAUAUUUGCGUCGACGGGCUUGUGCGGUUAGAGUAUUUGACCGCGGUGCUGAUGGAGGGGUUGAGGUUGUAUAACCCCGGCGGGGCGGGGAUGCCGAGGAUCGUGCCGCGGGGAGGGGCGGAGGUUUGCGGGGAGUAUAUUCCGGAGGGCGUACGUUCUGGACCCUUGUUUAUUCCUUUGUGUCUUCCCCUGUUGCAUAGUUACGGGAUGAAGAUAAUGCUGUUUGUAUCCGUCAACCCCUACUCGGCCUUCACGAACCCGGAGAACUGGGCCCGGCCGAACGCGUUCGUCCCGGAGCGGUGGAUCCAUAUGGAUGCGCCGGAGUGGAAGGGUGACAAGAGGGACGUACACGAGCCGUUUUCGUAUGGGCCGAGGAACUGUCUGGGCAAAAAUCUUGCGUGGAUGGAGCUGCGUCUGCUGCUGGCCAAGACGCUGUGGCACUAUGAUCUGGCGCUCUGCCCCGGUAUGGAGUCGUGGGUUGUGCAGAGGAAUUAUAUUACGUGGGAGAAGGGGCCGUUGGUGGUGAAGCUGAAGCCUGUCCAGAGGGGUGGAUGA